UGUAACUGCUGACCUGACAGUCUGGUCAAAAACUAGCAUUCUUUCAAGCAAUGGAAGAAAUAUAUGAAAACGUUGCCUUUGACAAACAUGCCUGCCCAGCUCCUGCAACAGAUCCCAGAGGCUCCAGCAGCUCUAAAAGGAGGGUUUAUUUGGCUGUUAUUCUCUGUCUGGGAGUCCUGAGUGUUUGCCUGCUGGCUGGACUCAUCGUCCUUGGUGUCCGUCAUCAUAUCUCGGGUGAGAUGGCUGCAGAUCCCUUCGCCAACCAAGACCAUCUGAGUGAGCAUCUUCAGGCCAAUAAGGACAUUCUGUCCUCCCUAACAGAAGAGAGAAACCAGCUAAAAGCCAACCUCAGUAAACUAACUGAAGAAAUGAACAAGCUUAAACAUUUGUCCACACAAAAGAAAACAUGUCCUGCAGGAUGGAGGACGUUCAGCUGUUCUUGUUACAUCCUUUCUACAACAUCUGGUUCCUGGGAUCAAGGCAGAGAAGACUGCAGAGGCAGAGGAGGAGAUCUGGUGGUGAUAGACAGCGAUGAAGAACAGAAAUUUCUCUCUGAAUUCACCAAAGAACUCUGCUGGAUUGGUUUAAAUGACAAAGAAACAGAAGGGACCUGGAGAUGGGUGGAUGGAAGUCCCUUGAAUCUGACGUUCUGGGCAAGUGAACAACCAGACAAUGGCAAUGACGACCCAAAGUGGGGUGAAGAGGACUGUGUACAUAUCAGGACACAUGACAGCACACUUUGGAAUGAUUUAUCAUGUGCAGAUUCUUUGCAGUGGAUCUGUGAAAAGUUUCCAAUGUAGCUGAUUUGAAAAUAACUUCAAAAGCUUUACCAUCAAAGAUAACUUUUUAUUUUUAUUACUCAGAACCUGUAGCUAAAUAGGUGCAACAAAUUUAUAAGCAGGUGUCAUGCUGCACCAGUAAUACGCCAGUAAUACAAUGUCUAUUUUUUUGCAGCUGAACUAACAGAUUUGUUGAUAAUCUGAAAACUUCUUUUAAACACAUCAAUGUUUGCAUGUUGAUUAAUAGCAUAAUGCCCUUCCCUUGCAGCAGCACAGUGAAUAAAAUUUAUUGUUGCUGAAAAUUAUCUUUUAGAUUUUGAAAUAAAGAUAAAAUAAGCAAUAGAAAAGUACCUUACAAGCCCACCUAUCAUGAACUGACCAGUCAUUCACCAAUCCCCCAUCUAUUUUGCUAUUCUUCUUCACAUGCUCGUCUUCAGGCAGAGGGAGGCUAUGUCAUCAUCUGAUAAAUCUGGCACAGGGAUUCUUAAGAUGGCUUUUUUCGAUGAUGAUGCUUGAUCUUUAGCAAAUAAAACUUUGUUUUUGAAUUAUGAAGUCAGCUCUCGCAUCCUUAACUUCUCUACUCCUAGCGUAUUUGUAAAUGUUUUAGUUUGGUUUUAUGUCCUGAUGAUGAUGCUGAUCAUUCAAUAGAUCUUUUUAAUAGUUACUGUUUGUCUAUUUUAGACAAGGUCUGUCCAGUCACAACAUGACUAACUCUUGUUCUAAGAUCAUCCCCCUGGAUAAAUGAUAGUAUUCAUUGUCUAAAAUGCUCCUGUAGAAAGACUCAAUGCCUUUGGAGGAAAACUUGGCUCCAAGUUCAUCUACUUAAAGGACCUUUGGUUUCUUUUAACAGUAGGUAGGGAUGUGAGACCUGCAUAUUUCUCUAACCAGUUUUUAAAAAGCAGAGGUAAUCCUGAAUUGUAAUUUAACACUAUUAGUGACAUUGUUACUCCUGCUGCCCUAAUUUUCUCAAAGAUUGUAAAAACUUUCUUAUUUUUUUUAAAGUCAGCAAUUUUAGAAGCAGCAUCUCUCCCUUUACAUGUAAAAUGUCUAUUCCCAGUCCAGCUCGGCCUGUAAUUUUAGAUGUUUUUAUUUAUUUAUUUAUUUAUUUUUUACCUGUUUUACCUGUCUAAUUUUUCAAGUUAGUUGGGUCAGUGAAAUCAUCUUGCUCUCUUAACAUGUUACCAAUAAUCCCUGUUCAAAGCUGUCCUUCAGUCUAUUGGCCGCUGUCUCCUCACUAUAACUCCUCCCUAGUGUCUGGUCAUGUCCCUGUUAUUUUAAAAAUGCUGUCAUCCACCCUCUUAAAAAACAACAACAAACAACAAACUCAGUCGCUCUCUUUUUAGGAGCUACCAAUCCAUUUCAAAAAUGCCUUUCAUUGCUAAGAUUUUAGAAACUGCUGUGGGCAAAUGGCUUACCUCAGUCCUUGAAGAACACAUAAUUCUUGAUUAAGUUCCAGCCUGGUUUCCACCGGGCUCGUUCAACUGAAACAGCCCUUCUCAGAGUAUCUAGUGUCACCCUGAGGCAGAGCUAUGCUGGAGAGUGAUCUCUGUUACUGUUGCUAAAUUUCACCUCAGCAUUUGAUGUUGUUGAUCAUCACAUAAUGCUGGAAAGGUUGAAAUACUGGGUUGGUGUAUCAAGAUUGGCUUUAAAAUAGUUUUCGUCUUAUUUAUAUAGACAAUCAUUUUCUGUGGCUACUGCUAAUUUCAGCUCCUCGCUUUCAUCCUUUGCCUAUGGUGUGCCACAGGGGUCUGUUUUGGGGCCUUAUUAUUCCUUUUAUAUCUGCUCCCUCUUCUGCAUAUUUUAAGUUCUUUUAACAAUGUCUCUUAUCAUUGCUAUGCAGAUGAUAUUCAGCUUUAUAUUUCUUUUAAAUCCCAGGAUGUUUUUAAACUACAGAUCUUGUUCAAGUGCUUAGAGUCUGUCAAAAGUUGGAUGAAUGAAAAUUUCCUGCAACGUAAUCCUUGUCUUUACCCCUGAUGAUUUCCUGCCAAACAUAGUCCAGUCUCUUGGUCCUGUGUAAACCCCUCAAUCAGGAACCUGGGGGUGUCCGUUGACUCAGCCACCCACUCACUGACUUUAGAGACCCAUGUUAAGUCAGCUCUUGUUAUCAUUUAAAAAUAUUCAGCAGCCGACCCAUCUAAACAAGCUAAGCUUUUUUCAACAUUUCCUGGAGCGCAGCAGCCGGUAAGAAAGAAAUUAACAAGCUAGAU